AUGGCCGGCAUAGAUGUCCUGGGAUGCAUCGCUGCCAUAGUUUCGACUUUCCACGGAGCAGCACAUCUCGCACUAGCUGUGCACGAACGUAGCGACAGAAGGCGACGACGCAAUGCCGCAUCCGACGCGGAAUUGGCGUUUCAAGACAAGAUGCUCAUAAGGUCUCUAAGCGAUGGCGAGUUGCAGUGUAAGGCAGCAAGAGAUGACAGAUAUGCACAAUACGGCACAGCAUUCAAGAUUGGAGAUGCUGUCGCGCUCUCUACACUGAAGGAUGUAAUCGUCAGCCUGCAAAUGGACGUUGUGAGCGCACUCCAGGUUGCUCGCGCAAUGGAAGGCGCGACUCUCGACCUGUCGCGAUUACACGAGGCAUCAAUCAUGAACAAGAGCAAUGCACUUCGGGCUAUCAACGAUCUUUGCAAGCGUCUACCGGAACCUGAAGCUGGCGAUGCUCUGGAUAGUCAAUCAAUACGAAGAGUCGCUUCUGCUGGCGCGGUGCACAUGACUGGCAUCGACCGCCCUUUGGCAGUCACCCUUCCUACACCGCCCGCCUCUCCGCAGCCUCCAAGGUAUUCGACCCUUGAACGCUCUCCGACUCGACAACCGUCCACUGCGCGUCAGCCAGCCGCUGGAGCGAUGCCCUCUCGUCCCAAGAAACGAGGAUUUUCUAGAAUGUUCAGCGGCUUGUCAGUCUCCUUGACGAUGGCGAAUGAUGAUUAUGGUGCUUUCCGGAAGGAGGCCGAUGAUCAAAGAGCCACGCAUCUCCAGCAGGCUGAGCAAGAAAGGACCAGUCCAGAGAUCGAGAAGACUGCUCGCCGUUCACUACCUGAUUCUGCUUAUGGUGGCUCGGGUGGUAGUCAGACAAGCUCGCGACACCGCCCUACAGCUAGCAUUACAUCGACGCUGUUCUCCGAAGGGUCAUGUGUUACUGCAGAAUCCUAUGAGCAGGCUGAAGGAACCCCGAGAAACGAUUCCGACACACUUCCCAUCGAGUCUGUAACCUCAACUCAAGCCACCCAGCUUGGGCUAUCGCAUUCGGGUUCCACAUCGUCAUCCUCGUCAUCAGCACGACCAUCGGUCUCGCACAACGGCCUUCCUGUGACACAGUGGGAGGACGAUGAUGGCGUCAUGCGCGCAACUCUUGCACCCGAGGUCGUCACACCAGAAUAUCAGAGUAUGCUGCCUCGCCGACCGGCACGACCAGUCCCACCGCCUGCAUCAGAGUCGUAUUCCAUGACUAAAAUACACCCUGCUUUCCGAAACGCCUUCAUGGUCGACUCUCCCGCAAUACCACCCCAAGAACCAGAUAGCGUUUGGGCGCCUCUCACAAGACCAGCCAAAAUCAAUGGCUACCACAACUUCUGCAAAGGCGCUUGGCAGGUUCGAGACCGUGCAGAGGAAGGUCUGAGCAUAGCAAUGCUGCCCGGAGCCACCGGUUUCACGGUGCCGCAUUGGAAGUGCAAACAAUGCCAGUUUCGCUCCAAAGCAAUGAACAAUGCAACAGUCCUGCCCGAUCAUGUAUACUUCGCAUCCAGUGGAGUUCGAUACCGAUGGCUGUUCCUUGCCAAGUCACAUAUACACGCUGGGACGGCACAGAGCAAGCCCGAGGCGUAUGCCUAUGGGUGUAUAUUCUGCGCUGCAGAAGGCCGUGAGACUGCCGUGCACCCUAAUCUUGACGCUCUGAUGAGUCACAUCUUGUCUAAGCACAAGACUGCCAUGAUGACCCCAGAAGUGAAGGCGAAGACGAUGUGCAUCGUUGGCGGUUCGCCAGAGAAGACUCAAGUUUGGGACAUAAACCUGCCUCAAACUCACAGGAGGAAGCUAGGCGGCUUUGUGGGAGAGUAUGUUGCGAAAGCUGUCCAUGGACUGUCAUGA